AUGACAAGUCACGCUACAAUACUAAUUUAUACAUCAGGUCCAAUAACAAAUUAUCCAUGGAUUUAUGUUUCCUGGUUGGCCUGUAUUGCCGUUCUGUCUGGUGUUCUUGGCUCAUUCUCAGACGUUCUAGGAAGAAGAUGGUUCUUCAUCGUCGGGAACGUUUUUGCUCUGAUCGGAGCAAUCAUUUGCGCCGCCACACACUCCGCGAACGUGGUCAUUGUUGGAAUGACUUUUGCAGGAGUGGGAGCUGCCAACCAGUACCUGGCACUGGCUGCUCUAUCUGAGAUGUUCCCCAAGAAGCACAGGGCCUAUGUCCAAGCAAUUCUCCAAAUGUCUCCGUUCCCAUUCACCGCAUGCGGCGCACUGAUUGCGUCUAAAAUGGCUAUCGACACGUGGAGAUGGGUAUACUAUCUGAAUAUUAUUCUAUCUGGGUUGGCUUUGAUUGCAGUCGUUCUAUUCUAUUACCCUCCGGUCCCGUAUGCCGAGGUAUCUAGGUGGAAACUCAUCAAGAGUCAUGACUGGUUUGGAGCUGGCCUCCUUCUUGGGGUGAUGGGUCUUUACCUUGGCGCCGGCCCCGCAGCGUUCGGGCUCCAUGGAUGGGGUACCGCUGCAGUGUUGGUACCUAUAUGCGUCGGGAUAGCAAUCUUGAUAGCAAUGGGAUUUUGGAAUGGUCACGCAUCAAAUCCACUGCUACCUACAAAAAUGUUCAAUAACGUUAGAGGGCAAUUACACAGCGUAAACUUACUCCUCUUUUCUAUUGGUGCUAUUACCAUGCCACUUGAAGUCGUUACGUUUGUCUGGUCAUCUCAGACCCAAGCUAUUUAUACCACAGAUGCAACAAAGAUUGGGCUCUAUAACUUUCCCACUGGUUUUGGGGCAGAGGUAGGAUUCUUGAUCGCAGCUAUAACUAUCAAAAGAGGUCGCACGAAUCUUCAGCUGGCAGUUGCCUGUCUGAUCCUUGCUAUCUUCGUCGGCCUGCAGGCAACAUUGACCCCAAAUGGCAUUCGACCUGGCCUGGCUUAUCUGUCUAUUGGAGGCGUCGCCCUGGGCUUCAUCCAGGUUAUCGUUGUGGUGAUGAUCCAAUUUGGAAUUGGCAAUGAGCACAUUGGAGCUGUAACAGGGCUAUUCAUUCUGGUGCGUUGGAUUGGAGCCGCAAUUGGAAUUGCCCUUGCUCUCACCAUCGUUCGCUCCAAGGUAGGGUCGACCUGGCCUAUGGCGGUUGCGGAGGCUGUCUUCCCCUUGGGGUUGCCCCAAACCUCACUGCCCCUGCUGCUGGGAGCGCUGGCAACGGGAAGCCCUGCUGCUGUUAUGCAGGUACCUGGCAUCACCCCUGCUAUUGUUGAAGCAGCUACGGUGGUGACAAAGGAGGUAUACGCCGCUGCGUACCGUCUUAUUUACUAUCCAUCCUUGGCCUUGGGACUAUUUGCCGUUGUUGUUUCAGCCUUUACAGUCGAUAUCGCGCCACUGAUGGAAAGUGACGAAGCCCUUCCCAUGGGCAUACCACGAUUCCUUAUGCUUGCAGCAUCCCGCAGAGAUGCUGAAAAGGGUUCCGGUAUAAACGAGGAAAAGAACUAG